AUUAAUUUCAAGCUUCGUAUAUAAUCAAGUUUUCAAACAGAAUUAACAGCGAGUAAUAUUUUUAUUUUUUUUUAUAGUUCGUUGUCUUUAGAACUUGUGUAGCUAAAAGUAAACGAACAAAAAUGUUGAAAAUCUAUGUUAUCUUGGCGAUAUUGAUACAAUCAUUAAAUGCUCAAUAUGAUGUCAACAUGACAAAUAGAAGAAGCGGUAGUGUAGGGGACAGUGGAAAAAACACAUACCAAUCAGCAGAUAUGAAUCCUCAAUAUAAUUAUAAUACACAAUUGGGAAAUACAAAUAAUACCACAGUAUCAAAUUCACCUCAAUUACCGGGUCAAAAUUACAAUACUAAUUCGAGAAACUCAUUUGGAAAUGCAAAUGAUUUGCCAGAGAACCACUCAUUUAUGCAUCAUAAAGAGCACCGAUUAAAUAAGACUCAGCCAAUUGCAAGUACUUCCAUUUUAAACGAUUUAUCAACAAAUUCGCCAGCAUUUGAUGUAAAAACUACACAACACUCUUCAACAUGGCAAAUGUCCACAGGAGAAACUUUUAAUGAAAAACUUUUUGGAAUCUUGUCUUCAAAGGCCCAAAAUGAAAACCUUGUCUAUUCGCCCAUUUCAUUGCAAACACUUUUGGCAUUCAUCUUUACCAUGUCUAGUGGUCAACUAUAUGAGGAAUUGGCUCAAUUGUUGGCAAUGCCCAAAAAUCGCACAUAUGUUGCCAAAACUUUUGAAAAUAUUUUACAAACGGCCUCAUUAAAUACUCCACCCACAACACUUAUUAUGGCCAAUAAAUUGUACUACGAUUUUCGCUUUGGGCCAAUUGACCAAAGCGUACAUAAUUUUGCAAAAAAAUCUUUUGAAAGUGAAUUGGAACAAAUUGAUUUUUUGUCUGCCAAAAAAGCAGCCAGUACUAUUAAUUCAUGGGUUAGUGAGAGAACCCGAAAUCUGAUACGCGACAUUGUUACACCCUCAUCCAUAGCCGGAGAUACUAGUGCUUUAUUAUUGAACUCCAUUUACUUCAAAAGUGAAUGGCUAAUAAAAUUCGAUUCAUAUGAUAUAGAAUCUCAAGAUUUCUUUGUUGCCAGGAAUGUAAAAGUUUCCGUUGAUAUGAUGUACAAUGAAGAUGUAUUUCGUUAUGGUGAUUUUCCAGAUGAUCUGCAAGCAUCUGUGGUUGAAUUGCCUUAUAAAGGAUCAGAGUUAUCAAUGUUACUUAUUUUACCCAAAGAGAUGGAAGGCUUAGCAAAUUUGGAAAGGAAACUGAGAAACUAUGAUUUCGAUUCAAUAUCCGAAAAACUUAAAAGAGAGACUGUGACUGUGAAAUUACCAAGAUUUAAAAUUGAAUUUGAAACUGACAUGAUAAAACCAUUACAAGAGCUGGGUCUUAAUGCAUUAUUUAAUAAUGCUGGCAGUAUAAAUCUGUUUAAGAAUCAACAAAAACCUUUAAACAUCGAUCAAUUCAAACAUAAAAGUUUUAUAAAUGUAAAUGAGGCCGGUACAGAAGCUGCUGCGACAACCGUUGCGAAAUAUAUUCCACUAUCAAUACCGAUCAAUAUGAAGUACUUUGUAGCCGAUCAUCCAUUUUUAUUCGUAAUUCGUGACUCAAAUGCAACCUAUUUUAUUGGACAUGUAGUACAAUUUUAACCUCAAUGUACAUAUAUAAAUAUUUAGUUGGAUACACAUUUAUCUUAUAUAACUAUUCCUAUUUAAUAAAUAAUUAAGAUGUAAUUCAUUUUUAAAAAUUUA